AUGGCGAUGAAAGAGUGGCUACAAUGGCUGCCGCCGCCGAGGUCCCUGUUGGCGCUGCUGCUGGCUAUAGCUGGCUUCAGCGGCCGGUUGUUCGCUUCGCACUUCACGCACUCACCGACCCUCCUCGUAGACACGUGCCACUCACUAUGUCGGCUCGUCGGACUCGUCACCACGUUGAUCUCAUACAAGUAUGAGCGCGCAGACGAGGGAGCUGGUCGGGAAGGUCGGUUAAGGAACACGUUCGGAUGGGCGCGCAUUGAAGUAGUGGGCCGUCUCUCCGUGCACGUCCUCUUCGCAUCCUUCGCCUUAGCACUCGUGGUGAACGCGCUCCAGCUGGGCGUGCACUCCUCACACGGCCAGCCGCCGAGAUACCCCAAAGUCAUCGUCGGCAGUGCAGUCAUAGGAUUGCUUCUACACGCCAUCAAUUACAUGUUAUUAGCAGGACGUGAGUUGAGCUACAGCCGGCGACUGAGCGUCACUGAAGGAGGAGGAGUUGUGCUGAAGACUGGAUCCGGAGAGCCUGUACUUGCUCAUGCACCCACUGAUAUCGCCAGCAGUCUGUUCGUGAUGGGUGCUGGUCUGACCAACGAAUGGGAGCCAGUCGCUGCUCGCAUCGCCGACCCUGCGCUCUCCGCCUGCGCAGCCAUCGUUCUCGUCAUCUUCAACUAUCCAUUCAUGCGGUCAGCGGGUUUGGUGCUGCUGCAGACAGUGCCAGAAGGUCUGGGCACUUGCGACCUGCGGGCCGCAGCGCUGCGGGUCCCUGGGGUCCUGGCCAUACAUGAACUGCACGUCUGGCAAAUGCACCGUGACAAGGUCGUCGCCACUGCUCAUGUGGCCUACAGCUCACACGAGGAUUACUUGAAGAGUUCCGCGUUAGUUUGUGAUAUAUUCAAGCGUCACGGCAUCGGUCUAGUCACGCUACAGCCAGAGUUUACACUCACCUCUAUGCUAGGUACAGAUGAAGAGAAAAAGGCGUUAAUAGACUUUGCGAAUCAAGGGUGUUCGUGUCCGUGUGCCAAGGAGUGCACUGCUCCCAGGUGUUGUGAGCCACCUCGCCUGCCCACCGUCACUCGCAUUUAG